AGUAGAAGCAUGUAGGUAUAGCGCAAUGCUCCCUCUUCCGCAUUCUCUUUGUGCUUUGUAUGGUUUCCACGUCCAUCUACUGUAGUCGCCUGCGAUGUCUCUGGAGACUAGUACAAACAAGCAAGCCGACCCAAGAGACCUCCGCGAGCCAUUGGAUUCCGAACGAGGGAGCAGGGCGAACAAUGUGAACAAUACAGACACAAUCGACAAACCUGUAUGUCACGAGAAGGAAGGUAUCAACAUGCAGGCCGCCGAAGCUUCAGAUGAUGUCGAGAAGCAAGCAGACCGGAACAUUCCAACUUCUGCACCAUUGCCGGAGAAGGACCCCAAUCUUGUCGAAUUCGACGGUGAAGAUGACCCAGGCAAUCCCAAGAACUGGAGUGUUCGGCGGCGAAUUGCCAUCACUGUGUCGAUGGCGAUGAUGACGUUUGUCGUCACAUUCUCCAGCUCCAUCUUCGCCGUUGCCAUCGAGCCGGUGAGCACUGAAUUCAACAUAGGCUCGGUCACGGCCACCCUUGGCGUAGCGCUGUUUCUGCUGGGUUUCGUCCUCGGUCCUGUAGCCUUCGGCCCAGCAUCCGAAGUCUUUGGACGCCGUGUUCCGCUUUUUGCUGGUUACAUUGCCUUCGCCAUCUUCAAUAUUCCCGUGGCUGUUGCCCGGAAUGUCGAAACAAUCAUGCUGGGACGCUUUCUGGGCGGUUUCUCGGCAUCGGCGCCCUUAGCUGUAGUGGGUGGAGCCAUGGCCGAUAUGUGGGACCCUGUUGAAAGAGCGUACGCCAUCUGUGCAUUCGCUGCCGGAGCUUUCUGUGGACCGGUCGCUGGACCGAUCGUGGGAGGCUUCGUGACGGAAAGCUACCUCGGGUGGAGAUGGACCGCCUGGCUCACUCUCAUCAUGGCUGGCCUUUUCGGCGUAAUAGGACUACUGGUCAUUCCUGAGACGUCUGCGGCAAGGAUCCUGCAGUUACGGGCGAAGGAGUUGCGGUAUACAACCAAGAACUGGGCGCUUCAUGCCAAGGCCGACGAGAACAGAAUCACCGCGCAUACUAUCACGACCGUAUACCUUAUCCGACCGUUUGUAAUGCUCGUGCAAGAGCCGAUUCUGGCGCUACUUACGGCAUAUAUGAGCUACCUUUACGGAGUUAUAUACUUGCUCUUCGAAGCGUACCCCUACUCCUUCCACAUCGAGCGCGGCUGGUCUCUAGGAGUCUCCGCCCUGCCCUUCGUCGCCUUUAUCGUUGGCAUCAUGGGUGGCACAGCCCUGAUGGCCUACAGCACCGCAACCAACUUCAAGCGCGCUUACAUCAAGCACGGAAGACCCAUACCCGAGGAACGACUACCUCCAAUGAUCAUUGGAGCCAUUAUACUCCCUGUGUCGCUUUUCUGGUUUGCAUGGACGAGCUCCCCGAACAUCAGCUGGGUGCCGCAAGUGAUUGCCACGGCGUUCCUUGGUAUGGGCUGCCUGGUCACUUUUUGGCAGGGCAUCAAUUAUAUCAUCCAUCGGCGACUAUCGAUGCUUCCUAAGUUAGGUGGUUUCAGUCCCAAUGCUGAACUUUCGGUUCCUCAAUGGGACGGCGGAAAGAGCAGUGGGAGCGCAUUUUUGGGCAACCCGAAGAGCAAGCUUCCGGAGAACCUCACAUCACAUGACUUCACCGCGCUUCGCAAAAGACACCUGAGACGGAGACUGGAUCGUUACGCUAACGCAACUUCACAGGACUGCUACGGCUUCUACAGUAACUCGGCUAUAGCCGCCAAUACUUUCGUUCGCUCGAUCUUCGGCGCUGUCUUCCCCUUGUUCGCGACGAAAAUGUAUAGCAAAUUGGGAGUUCCAUGGGCGACAUCGAUCCUGGCAUUUCUAUGUGUACUGUUUCUGCCUGCACCUAUCUUGUUCUACAAGUACGGUGCUCAGAUACGAGCGCGAUCGAAGUUUACGCCGACAGGCCGAGGCGGCUAA